GAUUAAUUGUUUAGUUGUAUCGAUAACCUUAUUAUUUGUUUUUUAUUUAUUCAUUGUUUUUUCAGUGUUGCUAAAAGAUAAUAAUUUGACAAACCUUUUUCGAUGAUGGUGAUGAUGGUGAUGAUGAUGAAGAUGAAGCUGCAGACGGAUGUAGACGUGAUGAAGAGAGAGGUUCAGUCCUGUGGUCGGUUUGAGGCUGAGCAGCUUCACAUCUGACUCAACUCUUCAUCUUCAUCAUCAUCAUCAUAAUUCUAAUAAUAAUAAUCAAUAACUCUUUAUUCUCAGAUUCUCACCUUUGUGUUUUGGAUUAUUUCCCCUCCGUGUCUCAGAUGAAGGUGGAGGGUCUUCAGGAGGACGGGGAGUCUGGUUCUGUGUCCUCAGCAGACCGGACCUCCUCCUCCUCCGCGGGCCCCGGCUCGGCUGAGCGCUGCAUGUCCCGGCUGCUGAGCGCCGUGGAGAGCGAGCUGCAGGCCGGACGGGAGAAGGGCGACCCGACGGAGAGGGAGCUCCGGGUGAUGCUGGAGGACGCCGAGCUGUGGAGGAAGUUCCAGCUGAUCACCAACGAGAUGAUCGUCACCAAGAACGGACGCCGUAUGUUCCCGGUCCUGAAGGUCAGCGUGUCCGGUCUGGACCCCAGCUCCAUGUACUCCUUCCUGCUGGACUUCGUGCCGGCCGACGGCUGCCGCUGGAAGUUCGUGAACGGGGAGUGGGUGGCGGCGGGCCGGGCGGAGGGCCGCGGCGAGGGGCGGGGCCACGGCGGCAUCUACAUCCACCCGGACUCCCCAAACUUCGGCGCCCACUGGAUGAAGGCGGCCGUGACCUUCAACAAGGUCAAACUCACCAACAAGGUCAACGGAGGAGGACAGAUCAUGCUGAACUCGCUCCAUAAGUACGAGCCUCAGCUCCACAUCGUGUGCGUCGGCUCCCGUCAUCGGCUCGUCUCCAACGUUUCCUUCAAAGAGACGCAGUUCAUCGCCGUCACCGCCUACCAGAACGAGGAGAUCACGGCUCUGAAGAUCAAGUACAACCCGUUUGCUAAAGCCUUCCUGGACGCUAAAGAGAGAGAACCCAGGGGGAGGGGUUUACCGGAGUCGUCAGAGAGUCGUGUUGGGAUUCAACCCUGCUGGUCGCUGUGCUCAGCCGGAGGGGGCGGGGCUUUCCCCUACGCUGGAGGCCUCCCACUGACUUCACACCAUCACCACGGUUACAAACACCACGGUUACCCGGGACGACACACACCUUACCCCUCCUACCUGCCUCACCGCUCACACUCCUCAGUGUGUCUGUCUGAAGGAGUUCAGGUGUUAACCGACGGGUGGAGCAGCUCCUCCCCUCGUCACUCCUCCUCCUCCUCCUCCUCUUUGUCCUCCUCCACCAACAACGCUCCUUCAUCACAGCCGCCUCCUCCUCCUCCUCCUCACAACUCCAGUCAGUAUCCCUGUCUGUGGACGGUUGGAUGCAGUGAGCUAAGCCCCUCCCACUCACCCUGCUCGGCUCUCCACGGACCAAUCAGCAGCGAGAGCCUCAUGCAGCCACCCAGUCACGGUCGAGUGGGCGUGGCUGGAUGGCCACCCGGCCCCGCCCACUCUUUCUGAGGAGGGAUGUGAUUGGCCGAAAUGGAAAUGAAGACCAAUGGUGAUAACUGCUGCCCAGUGAAUACUACUGAGUAUCAGUGUGUUUUAG